UAGUUACUGUCUUUACUAAUAACUCUUGAAGAUUUUUUUAAAAUAAGUUUAGUACUGUCAAACAAUUAAUCAUGAUUAAUCGCAUCCAAAAUAUAAACGUUUUUGUUGAGAUGCAGUCAAAUCAAAAACUAUCCAGACACCAAAUAUCAUUUUUUUUUUUUUUUUUUUUUUUUUUUUUAAUUAAUGGGUACAGGACACUGUAGUAAGUGAGGAUAGCAAAAUAAAGUAAACUGUGACAUAUUACACCCAAAAAUUCUUCAUACAAUGGACUACCAGUAAAAAAUUUGGGAGCAAAAAUUAUUUAGACACUUUGACCAACCAAGUGUUUUUUUCUUUAAUCGUUAAUGCGACCUUUUUACACCACAGUCUAAACAAAAUUAAGCAUUGUUUGAUAAUUGGUCAACAAAGUAUUAAUAGUUGUGUAAAUAUUGUCACACUAACACUGUAAUCCAUUGCAUACCUUUCUAUCAGUGUUAUCUGACAUUAUCAAGAUGAAUUUGUCAUAUUUUACCAUUUUCUAAACUAUAGUGAAUGAACUGAUAAUGUGAAGGUGUCUGAAUAAAUUUUGGUUUGACUGUACAUAAUAAAUAUAAACCAUUCACACAGAAAUAUUAUGUGAGCAAAAAACUUGGAUGCGAAUAAUCGUGAUUAAUCGUUUGACACCACUAUUUUUACAAGCAUUCAAAUUCAUUGAAAUCAACUCUUGCCAUUUGUUAAUAUUCUCUUAAUUACUAAAAGAUUAAAACCAGGAUCGAAUUCAUAAACAUACAUUCUUUGGAAAAAAAAACAAAACAAAACAAAACAAAAAAACAACAACAAGUAAAACGUGUUACAUCAUUCCAGUUUAUAUUCAGUAUUCAUUAACACAUUGUAUGUGCUGACAAUUUUGCUGUAAUGCUUAAAUGUGCCAAUCUACAGCAUUAAUAAGUUACUGUACAGGAGCUGUGUGUCAUAUUUAAUAAUCAGCCAAACAGUACAGUGGGAUCAAUCAUACUAAAUCAUAUUAAAUAAAACUAUUUAAAAAAACACAAUUUUUGUACGCUUAGUGUUUUGACUCGCUUAUUGUUGAUUCUAAUACUUUUUUUGUUUGUUUUAUUUAACGACCAUAAAAAUACAUAUUUGAUUUUCAUGGCGAGACGUAUUACGUCACCGUCGCGCAGCAGUACGAGCGCCUCUGAUUGGCUGUUGUUGGCGGUGACCUGGCAACCGAGAGAGGGCUUACAGACGCUUAUUUAUUCUGCAGGAUCUUCAGAGAGCGCAGAUCGCGGCUUUUUAUUGACAACCUGUGAUUGCUUACCGAUACUAGCUGCUCUUCAUCCAUCUCCUGAGAGGAUGUCGACGCGAACGCUUCCUCUUCUCUUCAUUAAUCUGGGUGGAGAAAUGCUCUACAUCCUGGAUCAGCGUCUGCGGGCUCAGAAUAUCCCAGCAGAUAAAGCGAAGAAAGUCACCACUGUAGCAGAUUGGCUAGAGGAGGACAGAAAAAGAGUUAUGAAUGAUAUCAUUACUACCAUGUUCAAUAAGAAGUUCCUGGAGGAGCUGUUCAAACCACAGGAGCUGUACUCCAAGAAGGCCCUGAGGACGGUGUUUGACCGACUGGCUCAUGCCUCCAUCAUGAGACUCAACCAAGCUAGUAUGGACAAGCUCUAUGAUUUGAUGACCAUGGCAUUCAAGUAUCAAGUCCUGCUAUGUCCUCGUCCUAAAGACAUCCUCCUUGUGUCCUUCAACCAUAUGGAUGCCAUCAGGGACUUUGUGAAAGACACUCCCAGCAUCCUCAGCCAAGUGGAUGAAACAAACAAACAACUUAUAGAGAUAUAUACCCCUUUAUCUGGUGGAGAGUUUCAACUAAUUAGACAAACACUCCUUAUCUUCUUUCAAGAUAUGCAUAUAAGAGUAUCAAUUUUCCUAAAGGACAAAGUACAGAACUCCAAUGGGCGAUUUGUUCUCCCCACAUCGGGCCCUGUUCCGUAUGGGACACACACCCCAGGACUCAUAAGGCUGUUUAGCUGUAGUGGUGAGGAGGUGAGAAGGAUGCAGUUCCGCGACUGUGGCAAUUACAGCGCCGCUCUCCGUGAAGGUUCUUUUGAAAUGUAUGGUGAUCGAGUCAUCAAACUGGGCACAAACAUGUACAGUGUGAGCCGCCCUGUCGAGACACACAUGUCUGGAACCUCCAAAAACUCCUCACAACACACCAAGGUCAACACAACUCCAAAUCCUUUGGCAAAAGAAGAGCUCAACCUGCUUGCUAGACUAAUGGGAGGUCUGGAGGUGCAGAAAUCAGCUAACACUGACUCUGGCUUCCGUGUGAACCUUUUUGCUACCGACGAGGAGGAAGAGGAAGCUUUGAUAUCAAGACCUGAUGAGCUUUCCUAUGAAGUUAUUAAUAUCCAGGCAACAAAGGACAAACAGACCAAUGCAGAGCUGGCUAAGAUCAUGGGAGAGUUUGGAGAGACGGGAGAACCCGCCCCCAGUUCUAGCAGCAAGGGUGACGACCUCCUGGCCAUGAUGGAUGGACUGUGACUUAAACUUGAUGUUCCCUUUGACUGAGCAGAGUGACUGAGCUGUUAAGCAGGAUAAAGUGCUACAGUGUCUUACUCAGCAAAGAGGCCUUUUGUCUGGAGCUACAGUGACAACCGUAUAUAUUUAGAACGACAGCUAAGCUCAACGAGAAAUUCUCUCUUUGAGAAUUUCACGCAACGCAAUUUUUGUCUCCUGCCACCCACCGAAUGUGAGAAAUGCAAAUAGCAAGUGUAGAAAUGUAAUAUGUGUCUUGAUGUGGGACCAUAUUCAAUUUUUCAUAUUCGUUCAUAUAAGCUUGGACUCACUGAGGCGGCACAGUCUAUAUCAUCACAUACUUCAGCGAAUGGUUUGAUAUCAGUCUUCAUAGACAGAUCUGUGAGGCUUUGAUGUCACAGACUCUUUUGUGACAUUUAGAUCUGUGGACAGAAUAAAACGCCUUUUUUGAACUCUCUCAGUUUAAGAGGACAAUCCGUGCACAUGGAAUUCAUUUCAAUCAGUUUGAUGUGCAAAAACGAGGUGUGGGAUAUGCAUGCACACAACAAGCGCUGAUUAAGACAGGGUAAUGGGGGAAACCGAAGUGCACUUGCGGUAAAUAUUUCGUGCAGAUCCCAAAACUAGUUUACAGGAAGCCCCAGGACAAUUGGUGUGUGUUUGUUUGUGUCUUUAUUUAAAGGGAGUGCAACAAAGUCAGGUUUUCAAGCUCAAGAAUUUAAAAUGUCUUAAGAGUGUGCAAUUGUUGCAUCAUGUAAAAAGGGAAACUGUAAACAUGAAACCACCUUCCAUGGAAAAAAAGCAAUGCAAUAUGUAUGGUGGAUAAAACUGUCUAUUUUUCAUAACCAUAGUAGAGCUUAUUUAUUGAGGUUAAUGUACUGAAUGUUCAUUUGUGUCUGUUCACUGUUUCAUUAUAUUGAAAUAGAUUUGAAUGUGAAAUAAAGUAGGU